AUGGAUCCAGGAGGAGGCCCUUAUAUUAGCUUCCAUGGAUUCCUGAUCCACCAAGCAGCCAUUAGAUCCACUGAUGCCACUCCUAUUUAUCGCAUUUUCCUUGCUUCAAAUUUCUACCCAAGAUGAAGUUGUCAUAUUAGACAUUCCCCGUUCUUAUGAAACCCGGCAUCAUUUUGGUGAUCACAGAGACACCCAAUUGAGAUUUCUGCUCUAUGGUGUAUACUGGAUUCUGGUUGCAAAGAAGAUAUAUGUUCCUUUACCAGUGGGGAACAAUCUUGUUCCACUUCCAACCAGUAGUACGAAGAAGGUAACUUUGUUCCAAGGGAAUCUUGAAAUCGCCACACAAAUAUUUUACACAUCGUGUGAAAAGGACUUGACCCCAGAUGUUGUAAUGUUCACAUAAUGAGAUGCCGAAGUUGGUUGAACUUUUUCAAAAAUGGUAGAGAAAGAUGUCACCUGCAUAUUAGCGGAAUUUCUCUUGGGGGAUAAAAACUGUCAUGAAUGUCUGAACUUGCUUCCAACAUUGCGGUGCACAGAAUGAAGUUACUGAAUAAAGUUUCUUGUGAAUAACCUAAUUUAGAAGAACUAUUGAUAGAGUUGGACUGAAUAUCUGACUGAAAGCUUGGAAACUUGGACUUCUAUUUCCAAGCUCAGUUCUGGUUGUACAUGAAGUGGAAACCUCCAUGAAGCUAUAUUUACACAAUGCAGUGUCGUUGACAACUCUCCUGGAACAAGAAGUUUUCAUGGAACAUACUGUGGAAAGAAGUUUUAAUGGGUGUAUGGAUUCGGCCUCUGCUGGCAGUAGGCUUUGAUUCAUCCCCAUUCAGGUUGAUUCAUUCCUGUUCAAGAAUCUUUAUGACUUAUCCUUAAGUUCUGUGAACUGAGAGACAAUGGUGAUAGCAAAAUUAUUUAGUAGGGCUCCCAGCUCCUAUGCCAAUUGCCAAUUUGAGAAAUGAAGACCAAUUUCUAUGUAAGGCUCUUGCAGGUGAGAUAAAUAGACCUUGGCAGAGUAGGAUCAUCCCAGAUUUUAUUGAGUUGUCUUAUAUUGCUGUUUGUAUAUUCUUAAAUCUAUCAAUGAAUUUUCUUUUGCAAUUAAAUUAAAAAAAAAAAACCUUGGCAGGGUAUUAGUUCAUUAAAGGAUGAUUGUAUAUUCUUAAUGUUCAAGUAUAAUUUUAUCUAA